CACAUGCGUGCCCGUCUGUGUCGCAGGUAAACAGGCUCACCAGGAAACAGUUCCGCUGGUGUCUUUGGUUCCUACAUACAAACAUGGCGUCCGCCGUGCUGAAGGUUGCAGUGGCAGGUCUUUCCAGAUGUUCUGCUCUCACACUCAUGAGGGCACAUUCAACGACAGCCCCCCUCCAUCAGGGCCUACCUGGAUCCCUGUGGAAGCUGGGGAGGCUGAACCACAUCGCCAUCGCUGUCCCUGACAUGGAGAAGGCCACGGCUCUGUACCGGGACGUGCUCGGGGCCACAGUGAGUGACAAGGUGCCCCUGCCCGAGCAUGGCGUUUACACAGUGUUUGUGGAGCUCGGAAACACAAAGCUGGAGCUUCUCCAUCCUCUGGGGGAGAAGAGCCCGAUCGCUGGCUUCCUACAGAAAAACAAGUCUGGAGGGAUGCACCACAUUUGUAUCGAGGUAGACGACAUCAAAGCUGCAAUAGUGGACCUUAAAGCAAAGAACAUCAGAACUCUGUCAGCAGAGCCGCGGAUCGGCGCUCACGGGAAACCAGUGAUGUUCCUCCACCCUAAAGACUGUGACGGUGUGCUGGUGGAGCUUGAAGAGGCGUGAACACCUCAGUCUGACGUGGGAGCUGUUUAUUCACAAAUAUAUUUUCCACAGGCAGUUUGACAACAAAUCCUGAUUUUGUAAUAGGAGUCUUUACAAAACACAGAGGUUUCAUCAAUGUGCCUCAAAGUUUUUCCUUCAGCUCUGUUUUCCACUUUCCUAAUGUGUUGGGGGGGGAAAUAUAAACAUGGUGUGGUGUGUGGUUUGAUGAAUGUUCAAUAAAUACCCAUUUUAUAAUGAUAGCUGGGUGUUGACUUGACUUAAGUUCACUAUCUUACACGUGACUGCACACAGUAACUAUUACUUUUUGAAUACACCUAAAGUAUUUUUAGGUGGGUUAUUGCCUUGGGUGUAACUUAAAAUAUUAAGCUCAGUGUAUUUAGGAGGGCAGCACUAUAAAAUGUAACAUUUUAUUAGCACGCAGUUUAAACAGUGCAUAUCAAGACUUGGGUUUCUUUAUUAAAGUUGAUUAUUUAUUAUGUGAGAUCUAAAACCAUGCUUCUAGACCACCCCUAGGAGUGAAACCUGUAACAACCAGCAGGCACCAAAAGUCUGUAUCUCUUAAAAAUAAAACAAGACAGUAAUAAGAAAAGAGGAACUCGUGGUGAUGCAGGUGUACACACAUUUUUCAUUUACACUUCCUGUUAGACAUUUUUAAUUUUCUGGGUUGGAAAUCCCCCCCUACAUGCAUUUUUUCUAAGCUUUAGACGCUCUAAACAUAUGCUGUCACACAAAGCUAUUCUUUGGAACCAACCAGACAAGUGACAAUUUGCUAAGACCUUGAGACACAGAUGGCAGAUGAUCAUAAUUAGCUUCAGGUCAAGCUACUUAUUUUGGAUAUUUAGUGUAUAUUUUCUAGAAACCACAGGCGAUGGGGAAAACUGUAAUUAUAUCCUUAACAUUCAGAUAAACAUUGUAAUUAUUGUUUCUCAAUUACCAGUCUCUUGUGUCUACUUCAACUACCAAAUGUUUUGUCUGUUUAUUAGCAUACAAAUACAAUAGCCAGAUCUUUUAAACAUGUUAUUUUCAAGAUAUAACAGACCUUAUAAAUUAAGGCUUUAUAGAGAAGCUAUCACUUUACUCCCCUAACUGAAACUUUACUUAAAGAGCUAGUUCAGUUUUCUUAUGUAAUGGAAGUGAAACUGAUUAUUUUUACCCUUUUGUGUCAGUGGAGUCUACCGUUUAAUUGGGACAACAAUACAAAAUACAUUUAAACAAGAGACAAAUCAGAAUCCAGAGGGUUCGUUUUAUUUGGUUUGAUUGACAGCUGCUUGCAAAAACACAGAAAAUACAAAGUGAAGAUGCAGGUUUAGCCGACAGCAGA